CGAGACAGGACUGGCCGCACAGAAGCCCGUCUCGGGACGAGGAAUGCGCUCUGGCGACGAGCAGGCUAGGUAUGGGGGCGAUGUGAGGCUGCUGGAGUAGCUCCACUGUCCUCCUCCUCCUGCCCGCGGAGAGACUGAGCUCGACGAUGGAGCAAUAACAGCGGCAGUGCCCACCGCCACCACACCCACCUAAGCCCGUCUCCCAGCGAAAAUGGAGCUGGGGCCAGCCACCGGGCAACAGGCACAACAGCGCUCCCACCCCCAGGCCUCGUCGGGCGGCGGCGGCGGUGGCGGCGGCGGGGGUCCCUGCCCAGAGAUGUUGCAAGUGGCCGAGGAGGCUUUCCGCGGCGGGCAGUUCGCACUGGCGGCGGAGAUCCUGGGCUCGCAGCUGGCCGAGCUGCCGCAGCCCGAGCGGGGCCUUUGCCUUCGCCAAGGGGACGCGCUGGCCCGCGCGGGGCGCAUGGCCGAGGCUUUGGAUUCGUACAGCGCCGCCGCCAGGCUAGCCCGGCUGCGGCCUGAGGAGCUGCGCGAGCUGGCCGAGAGCUUCGCCCUCAUUAUCCGCGACAAAGAGCUGCGGCUGCCUCCACGGCAGGGGCCUGGCGACACUGGAGGCGGCGGCGGCGGCUGCCUGGAGGGAGCUGACCCACUGGGGGACCCCACCUGCUGCCGCCCGCCAGAGCCGCUGGGCUGCCCUUUGUGCCUGCGCCUGCUCUACGAGCCAGUGACUCUGCACUGCGGGCACACCCACUGCAAGCGCUGCGCCCAGAGCGGCGGCGGGGAGUGUGUCCGCUGCGCGUCCCGGCGCCCUGCCUCUACCUCCGUCCCGAGCCCGGCGGCACAGCCCCCUGCCUGCCUCCGCGUCAACGUGGUGCUGGGCAGCCUGCUGGAGAAAUGGUUCCCGGCCGAGAGCAGAGCACGCCGGCUGUGCGUCGAAGGGGACGCCCUGUGGGAGAGGCAGGAGCUGGCGGCCGCCCUGGAGAAGUACCAUCAGGCCCUCGAACUCGCUUCCUGUAAAUGUUUGCUAAUAGCACAGCGGGCAGAACUUUGUACAGCUAUGAAGAAUCAUCAGCAAGCCCUUUAUGAUGCAGAAGUGCUGUGCCGAAAUAAACCCCAUUGGCCUAAGGGUCAUUAUGUGAAAGCACAAGCUCUUUCUGGAUUAGGAAGGAUUGAAGAAGCAUUGAAGGAGUUUCUUUAUUGUGUUGCCUUAAAUCCGGAAUGGAGCUCAAUGAAGAUGGAAGCCCAAAAGAUAAUGUGUGAGAUGUUUUUCCCAGCAUUUGAAAAUGUGCAUGAUAGUCUAACAACACCUUUUUGUAAUCGGACUUCUUACACAAGAUUGAAACCUGCAUUUUUAAGUAGUAUAAAUACACAGGUUUCUGGAGAAGAUGGGUCAGCUGCAGAGAACUCAAAGGAGACCAUCAUGAGGUUAACAAAAAAUCCAUCCCAAGAGACUGAUGUAUCUCAUCAUAUAAUGGAUUCCUAUUUUGAAGAUAACAAAAAAACUUUGGGAAUAGUCCUCUCCAGUCUACCCACUGCAAGCUUGAAAAGGAAGUUUUCCAAUGAUGUUGGAGAUUUACAAAGCUUGGAAAUCCCUAGCAAAAUUCCUAGAAAAGAAGGUGAAACUACUUGUGAAAAAUCUGCCUCCCUUCCCUUAAGAACCAUACCUGCAAACCUCGUGGAUGCAUCUGACUUUGAGUGUUCCCUCUGCAUGAGGUUAUUUUAUGAGCCUGUUGCUACUCCUUGUGGACAUACAUUCUGCCUCAAAUGCCUUGAACGCUGUCUGGACCAUAAUCCACACUGUCCACUUUGUAAGGAAAAGCUCUCUGAAUUUUUAGCAAGCCGAACUUAUAAGAAAACCGUCCUUACUGAAGAAUUAAUAGUUCGGUACUUGCCAGAAGAAUUGUCUGAAAGGAAGAAAGUUUAUGAAGAAGAAAUGAAGGAAUUAUCAAAUUUGAAUCAAGAUGUUCCCAUCUUUGUAUGUACCAUGGCUUUCCCUACCAUCCCUUGCCCUCUUCAUGUCUUUGAACCCCGCUAUCGUUUAAUGAUAAGAAGAUGCAUGGAAACUGGUACUAAACAAUUUGGCAUGUGCUUAGCUGAUGAACUGAAAGGGUUUGCUGACUAUGGCUGCAUGCUAGAAGUCAGGGAUGUGAAGUUUUUCCCCGAUGGCCGCUCAGUUGUUGAUACAGUUGGUGUUCGGCGUUUCAGGGUCUUGAGCCAUGGUCAACGGGAUGGAUAUAAUACAGCAAACAUUGAAUAUUUAGAAGAUAAAAAGGUUGAAGGGGCAGAGUAUGAAGAACUUGUCCGCCUUCAUGAUUCAGUCUAUGAUCAAGCUGUUGCCUGGUUUACUUCUCUUAAAGACAAUAUGAAAGCGCAAAUUCUAAACCACUUUGGGCCAAUGCCCGGGAAAGAACAUGAGCCACAGAGUAAUCCCAGCGGUCCAGCUUGGUAUUGGUGGUUAUUGGCAGUAUUGCCGCUGGAGAACAGGGCGCAAUUGGCCAUUCUUGCCAUGACUUCACUCAAAGAUCGACUUAUUGCUAUACGGCGUGUAUUAAUAUUUGUGACACGCAAAAGACCCAGAUGACACAACCUUAUUUGUGAACAGAUGCCGAAGACAACUGGUUGCAAAUGCUCAUAAGAAUGAAGUUGGAGACUAAACAAUUCUUCCCUUUUAAUGACACUGAUCUCAUCUAAGCAUUCAUCAUUCUUUGCACACACUUUACCCAGUAGUUAACCAACUAUUCUGUGCCUAUUGUCCUGGAGAAAUCUGAGCCUCUUGGAAGUUUGCUACAAUUGCAACAUAGCUGCUAGUAGUUGCAGGAAGCAAUGUGGAAUUAUUGCUUGCAAACAACUUUCUGUUUAUCAGGAGGAGACAGUAGCCCUUAAAAAUCCCCAAUGCCCCAACUGAGGUGUUUACUUUUAUUGUAGCAAGGAAACAGAACUUGGAGAGGUGGCUUAGAAACUGAGAAUAUGAAUUAUUGGAAUAUUCUUUAGAAGUAGUUGUUUGAAGGAAAAUUUAUUCUCUAAAAGAAGAAUCCACAAAAGACCACAGGUACUGAUGGAUGGGACAAUCUUUUAACUGCAGCAUGUUGACAAAAAUACUAAUCUGUGAAGCAAAAUGGGUUUUCCUGGACAAAAAGUUUCCCUUUUGUGUCCAAAAGAAUAGCUGGUGAACAGCACUGUGGCUGAUAAGAAAUCAGUUUCUUGUGUUUGUAAUUUGCAUGUUGUGUGUAAUGGGAAGAAUAUUUCAAAAUAUAUCUAGGAAAAUAGGGUGUGUCUCUCCUCCCCUACAAAAAAUCAGAAUAACCUCAGACAACUUGCAUUACUAUGGGAAAAGUUACCUAUGGACAGCCCGAUCUUUUGUGGUUGUAUCCUAGAGCUGUGUGCACAUAAGGAUCCAAUACCCUCCCAUGGCAGAUGGUAUUGUGUGUACAUAGUAGCUUUUCUUUGCCAUUGGGACACUUGAGCAUGUUGACCUGUGUUGCAAAACUCUGGUUCAUUUCAAGCUAUUCUGUGGUUAGAUUACUAAAGGCUGUUGUGAUACAGAAUUGCCACUUCAAAAUAUCUUUCAUGUUAAUUCUGAAAAACAAGGUAAGAUACAGUUUUCACCUCUGCUCACAACUGCCAUGCCAGCCUAACCUGUUAUACUGGAACAAUGUUUGUUAGCACAUUUUUAAAACCAAAACUUUAAUAUUCCUCGUUAUGUACCGACCACUGUCUGUGCUUGGAGUCUUUGUCCUUGGUGACAAACAUGAGAGGAGGCACAAAUUGAACCCUGUAAAGGCAAAUUUCAAUGCAAGCUUAAACCAGGUGUUAACUUUCAAUUUGUUGUUGGUUUUGUAAAUAUAUCUGUAUUUUUAUGUCUUAGUACCUGUUGUUAAUUUUUAAAAUAUGAUCAGCCUAUUGGAAACUUUGACAGUAAGCAUGAAAUAGCAAAACAGUGUUGCUAAUACAAACUGCUGAGAUCUCCAGACAUGUAGAAAUAAUUAUCCUAUUGGGGUGGGCGGGGGGAAUGACACUAGUUCAGAUCUCAGAAAGUUGCACAAACAGAAGGAAACUGAAAGAUGCUGGUUCAUGUGCAAAUAAUCUGGCAAAAUGAAAGUAGUGGCAAUACCAAAAUACUUCAAAAGUGCCUCCUUUUUAAAUUAGAAAAAGUGUGCCCUCUUUAGACACAGGUGUAAACACUUGCACAUGAAUUAAGGAAGAAAUGUCAUCUAAAAAAGAUUGACUUUACUAUUUAGUAGUAGUAAUUGUGGCCUGAGUGGUGUUAGAUGAUUGUCUGAACUACUUGUCAGAAGUUGCCAGCAGUCGUUUCCUAGGAACUGAUCAACACACCCUGAAUGUACUGUAGUUGCCUCAACCUUGAAUUCACCUUUUGUAGUUAAGUAAUGACCCAUGACUACUCUUUUAAUUGUAAACUGCAUAACUUGUAACAGGUGAACUAAUGAUUUCUUUCAUAGCCUUCCUGCAGUCCCUCUACCAGAGUUGGUAGAUAAUAUGUUUUUUCUUCAAGUAUUUUCCGAAAGAUGGCAUAAAUGCCAGAGAGAGGGAAGCCUUUGGAAUAUCUUGUUCCCUGGGUGCUAUCAUCCUUUUCCCAACACAGCCGUCUUCCUGUUAACUCACUGUACUUUAACAGCUUCCAAGGUUAUCUAGUAAGAGAUUCUUCAAAAUGCACCCUCAUUAAUUUUGGCAGGGAACUUGGACCACCUUCAUCCUUUCUCACAGUACCCUUGUCUGUGCUUGCUUGGUAUUCCUCUUGCAGAUUUUGAGUGUACCUAAUGUUUUCUCGGUCUUUGUCUUUUUCUGUGUGUUUUUUCCUCUUAAUAGCUAAAAUAACAUAGCUAUUAAGCAUAAAUAAGAAACGAUUUUGUCCCACUAAAUGUUUCAGCACUGUUCGUUGUUAGAGUCUGUUCUCUGUAGUGGGUGGGCAACUUGUGGCUGUCCAAACGUUUGGGCCUGGAAAUAAUUCCUGUUUGCCAUAGUCAGCAUAGCCAGCAGUGAGCAGUUACCCACCCCUGCUCUACAGUAUCUCUGAGAUUCAUAUCUGAUGACCUGUUUUCAGUUUUCAAAGGAGGACUUCUCUUAGUCUAGCCCUUAUGCUUUAAAGGUCAGGUUUUCUGCUCUUUUAACAUGCCUAGUCUAACAAGUGAGCAGGUACAUUAAAGUAUAUGACAAAAGCCAGAAUUUUCAAACCUCUUUCUCUUAUGCAGAUUGCUUUUGUGAUACUGAGAAUGGGGGAUUAGGAUGUACUUCGAAAAGCUUUGCAGAAAAAUGGUUCAAUACCUCUUUUUUGAGUCUAACAGGGAGAAGGCAUCUCAGCUUCUUCCAUCAAAAAACAUGCAAAAGCUGUCGGCCUAGUGUAUAAGGUCUCCAAAUAAUAAAUAGAUUUUGCAGGUGAAGUUCAAUCACUUCAGUUUUACAAACAAUGCCAGUUUGCUACUGUGGCCUUUUAUCUACUGCUUUUAAACAUCCUUCUUUUCAGUCACUGAGACUGCUUUGUGACUCUAGUGAGCUGAUAAUCAGCAGAUUUCUGUUCCUACGGCUUGUGCUGCAAUUAAUUUUCAAAUAAAAUAAAUGGCAAAGGUAUUCAGAAAGCUGUAUGCGUUAGUCAUACAGUGCCUCGCUAACUUGAAGGCCUCAUGUUUGGUAGCGCCUUAAUUUUGCAGCUCUGGAAUGAUUGUAUCAACAAAGUACUGCAAAAACCAGAUCUGGAGCGUAUGACCAGUUAUGUUUUGUUUUUUAAGUGUAUUUUAUGUAGAUAAAACUUGAAACAAAAUCCUUACAUUUUAAAACAAGUUGAAAAGUGUGUGGGGGGGGGUGUGCCCACAUGCGUGGGUGUAUGUAUAUAUAUGUAUAAAUAUAAAUUAUUAACCUGCACCUUUUUGUACUUAGUAAAACAAAAGACAGGUAUGUGUUACAACCAUGUUUGGCACUUCUUGUUGCAUAAAUAAAGCCAAACCUUUUUUUUAAAGAAAAUAUUGCUGCAAUGUUCAUUUCAUGUAUAGUUGGAAUUUUCAUGGGGAAAUGUAUAUGUGAUGUUUGGAAUAAAUAAAUUCAGUUUACAAGUGA